AUGGCGGCCCGCAAGCGCAAGGCGGUCGGUGCCGGCAAUACGAAGCCGGCGACGACAAGGAGCCGGACCUCUAAAUCUGCUAAUGCAGCCAAAACGAAGGCCCCGAACGAGUCCAGCUCGGCGAUGUCAGCUACGAAUACCAGACCGAAGCGGAAUCCAAGACGGUCCGCCAAAGAUCCAUGGGAGGAGGAACGAUUGAUGACGAGCUCCAAAUCGCCGCUCGUGGAUCUGGAUCUUGUGAAACUGCUUUCCCGCCCCGAAGCUUGGGAAUAUCUCGAGGAAUCGGAGAAGAAGGAAAUCCUGAGCUUACUGCCCGAAGAUGUGCACCCAAACCCUCAUCCGUCCGAGGAUGACCCCGACGCCAAGAUACCCCCUCUACCGGAGUCCUUCUUACGGUACUCGAAUAACUGGCGCGACGGGGUCCGCCAGUUCCAGCUCGACCUCGAAAGCGGUCGCUACGAUCCGGAAUGGUUGCGUCAGGCUGAGCAAGCGUCGGCGCAGCGAGCGGCGGGAAAAUUCGACAAAUUCAAGGAACGGGAGUACGAGGAGUUCUGGGGACAGAAACAGACCUUCGACCGGAACCUGGCAGCGGGGCAAAGCGCCCAAGUCAAACUGCAAACGCUGAUGCAGCAAGGGAUUAUUCGCGAAGGUGAUGUUUGGAGAUAUUCACGAUGCGUUGGCCAAGGCGCGAAUAAGAUAUUGUUGGAAAAAGAAGUCAAGAUCGUGUCGAUUGAUGGCCCACGGUUGACAUUUAUUAUCCCCUCUGGUCAACGUGUCUUCCUCUCCCACAGCAAUGGCGAAGUCAAACAAUCGGAAACGAGCACUCAGCCUGAAUCUACUACACAGAAACCCGAUGAGGCUGGAACAGAAGAGGCCCAGAAACCGAACGAAGAAGUACCUUCGAAUGAAAACGGAGCGAUAGAUAUGGAUUUGUCCCAGAAACGUAAAUCGGACACUGGCGCGUCCGAUGCAGAACCCCCAGCUCAGAAACGGCGUCGGACACGGCCGUGGAACGCCGAAAAGGCUGAAACUCCUGCGUUCUGUGACCAAGAAGCAGCUCCAAACACUGCAUGCCAGAAUCCAGGUACCACCCCGGAGACUCAUGACUGCCAGCCCGCGGUAGAAAACACGACUGCUGCGCCAGUCGACGAAAAGCACACAAGCUCUACGGAGACGAAGAAUGGUGACCAAGCAGUGGCUGAUACGCCACACCCAGCCAAUGCAUCUGAGCCGGGCGAGAAGGGCACAGAGGAAGGACCCGCACCUUCAAACACCUCGGAGAAAAGUGAAGAUGUAAUAGUAUCGGGUAUCACUUCGCUCAACCCACUUGUCAAUAAGAUCAUGGAGCUCGAUGGCCGCAUGACAAAAAUGCCUCAUGGAAACGCUUGGAAGGAAUUUCGCUCUUAUCGGGAUAACCAAGAUAUGGGUAGUCUAUGGGAGGUCAGACAGGCUUGGUUUAUGAGAACCCACUAG